AAAGCUGGCAAAGCCGCAAAGCCGUUUAGCAUCCAUCCACCCAUCCAAUGGGCAUUUGAAUGGCGAUGUGUUGGUUGUGGCCAGUGGUAGCUAUGGUUGUGGUUUUGUAGCGUUGUUGAAGAUCCAACGACUUGGCACGGUGAUCAGUGAUCAGCGCACACUCGGCACUCUUCUGCACUCAGGCAUCGAAACGCUUCAAGUCCUUGAAGUGACGUGUUCGUGAAACCGCUACUCUUUAUACAACAGGCCAGGUAGUGUUCGUCCAGUGCCUGGUUCGGCAUUUCUCCGGUUUCUCUAUCAAAACAAACAAAGUGCAGCGCGCUUCUUUUUUUUUUUUCCCCUCUUUCUUCCAUUUGCGAAGCAUGGAAACUGUUGUAAGUGUUGUGCUGCCGGCAGCUGGAACCGGCGAAAGAAUGAAUAUUGCGACCCCAAAACAGUUUUGUGAAGUGCAGGGAAAACCACUUGUGUUUCAUACAAUCGAAGCAUUCCUUGCGUACAACUGGAUCUCCGAUGUCGUUAUCGUGUGCGCCCCGGAUCAGCUCUCCGCAAUGGACUGUAAAUUGAGAGCCAACAAUUUAUAUCCGAAGGUGAAACUUGUAGUGGGUGGAACAACGAGGCAUCGGUCGAUAUACAACGGUAUUGUGCACAUGAAGCAACAUCCGCCAGACAUCGUGGUUAUCCACGACGCAGUUCGGCCGCUGGUCCCAGCAAAGGUUCUGGAGCAGGUGGUACACGAAGCGAAGCUUCACGGUGGAGCGGGACCAGUGGUGCCUCUUGUGUCCACAGUCGUCAAAAUGACCAGCAAAGGAUUUCUCCAAGAGUCACUGGACCGGUCUAAGUAUGCAGCAAGCGAAACACCCCAAGCAUUCCGGUACCCUCUGCUGCUAGAAGCCUAUGAAAGCUGUACUGAGGAAGACUUUGAUUGUGGCACAGAAUGCCUUGCUCUUUUACUCAAGUACUGCGGUGUGCAGGCGAAGCUUGUGCCUGGCUCCGACGAGCUCUUUAAGGUUACCUACUCAAGAGACCUUUACGCUGCAUCUGGUAUGCUUAAGAGUAGUUAGCUUGCAUGGUUAAGGCCCGUUUACAGACUUGCAACCAAGUACGACCGAGAGAGACGAGACGUGUUGAAACCUCUUAAAAUUUUUUAAGAUGAGAAAACACACUGGCAUGCUGACGCCACCUAUGUGGUGACCCUGGAACUGCAUUUCACAAGAGCGAAGGUUUUGCGGGAUUUCCGAGGUCAGAUGUGUGUAAUAGCUACGAGAAACGCUCGUUUAUAACGUUGAUAAAAGUUUUUCGAGGCAAGAUAAGGAGGAUAAUGCACGAGAAAUAGAAAAUAUGCCAGACCACCAAGACCCAAUAGAUGGCGCGAGUGUGUCCUCUCGUCAUACGAUAUUAAGAGGUUCCAAGGCGCUCGGUUCCAAGAGGUCGCAAGUGUGUGAACAAGCCUUUAAAGUGGAGCCCAGACUGAAUGGCAAGGCAUUAAAAUGAUGUAACUUUUUUUUUUU